GAUCAGAGACUCCGAGGCUUCAAGUUGUGACAUACCACGUGAUCAGGAGCACUAGGGGGCGGCUCGGAGCGCUACUCAAACUAGGGUAAUUACCUGACCUGUAGGUUGGUACCCAGUGAUUUUCCAGAUAGUGAUCCUGCUACAGUAGUAGGGACUAAAUGAAGAGUAGAUACUUUACAAAUUACAAUACAGCAACAAUAGUUAAUAGUGCUAAUGUGCAGUCACCUGCCGCAGCCACGCCACCCACGAUCACUCACGAUCAAACAUCAAUAUCCUUGUUCUUGAUCCUUGUACUCGUUCUACUAUACACCAUAUAACGCGUCUGGGAAUCCAAGUGUUUAUUUUGAUUGACGGACAUGUAUAACGGCUUCCAAGCUGAUAGCAACAACCCGUUCUUGAACGAAGCUCAGUCCACCCCUGCACACACCCGCUUCCCCGAUAUUUCCGCAUCAACCUACCCACAGUCGCCGCCGCAGGUGGGCUACCAGUCUCACGACACUGGUUAUCAGCAACAACCCCAGUUCCAACAACAAUAUCCGCAGUUUCAAGGACAGAUACCCUAUAACCAGCCACAGCAAUACCAACAGAAUCAGUAUGCGUCUACGUCUUAUGGUUUGGGACAACUUGGCCCACAGUCGACAGGCAUACCUUUUCAGUCGUCUGGUCAUUUUGGACAACAGCUAGUGUCCCAGCAGCCUUAUCAGCAAUAUCCAAAUGGUUACCAGAACCAGUAUGCUCAACAGCAGCAGCAGCAGCAAUACGGAGGCUACCAAGCUGGCUACCAGCCUCAGCAGCAAACCCCAAGUUACCUCUCUGAGUUUGACCCAUACACAUCACACCCCUCCCCUUCACAUAACAGGUCCAUGUCCCAGCCAGCUAGCCUUUCAAGCCAGAAUCCUGGUGAUAGAAUGCACCCUCGGGAUUACAUCCGUCAAUAUAAAGUUGAACUGGAGGCUUGGGAUUCUUACACGUGGAAGCAGAUGUUUAACGCCUGUGGUACGCUCAGUGCAGCCUGGCUUACACGCAAACAAGAGGCGGAGAGGGUAGUGCAGCAGCUGGGUGGGAACGGUGCACCGGGUUUGUUCGGCACAACACCUGGUUAUCAGGCGUAUGGCAGCGAACUUCAGAGGUGGCAGGGGAUUGUGAAAGAAGCCAACUUGCAUCAUGAUACCAUCGAGGCCUCCACAUUUCAACUGAAAGAGGUUCACUCCUCUUAUAGACAGUCGGGUGAUGCUGUGAGCAAGCGACGCGUGCGCGAAUCUUGCAACGCUGCGCUAUCGAACUUGCCUGACUGGCCUGCACCAUUAAAUGCCAAUUAGUCUUGGCAAAAU